GACAAACGCAGCGAAACACAAGGCAGGCUGCUAGCUGAGAGGGCAGCAUGGCGGGGCCACGGGACUUCCAACAAGGCAGCCACUGUCACAGGAAAACGUGGAUUAAUAUACUACUAGGAAUACUACAACUAAUUUUACCCUGCGUACAGCACGGGGGGGCUCAGCUGCAAGCGCUGAGUCAAAUGUCCACCAGCGUGGUCGAGGUCUGGCAACCAGAAGAUGCAGACCCAUUAGUCCCAGUUCAGGUGGAGAAAGAGCGAAGAAAAGAUGGUCUUCCACUGGAAGAAAGCUCUUCUCCAUACCCUCGGGAGAAUGGAAGGCCCCUGCAUUUCCAGCCCCCCGCUCUGGAGUUUGGAACACAGCCACUGGGGCUGCCAAGAGCUGAAACCAUAUAUAUACACAACCCCAGUCAAGAACUCCCUGUGACACUGCUGUCAAUGUUUACAUCCAGCAGGCAUUUUCACAUGCCUUCCUUCCACAGAAGGGUGAUCCCACCCAGAGGGAAGGCCUCUUUUAAACUCAUCUUCCUCCCAUCCAAGGAGGGCAAUGUAGAAAACUCAUUAUUUAUAAACACAUCAGCCCAUGGGCUGCUAUCAUACCAGGUAUUUGGUGUGGGAGUCCACCAGGGUUCAUUAAAGUCUGUCCAAAGAAAGGAUAGUCUGCUAAUAUUCCCUCACAUCCAGAGCAUUAAGCUGACCCAAACUCAGGAAGAUGCCUCCAACAUCACAAUACUUGGCCUACUUCUAGAGUGCAACCUACCCAAGAGUAUGUUCAACAAUAAUCAGGGGUCCUGCCUCCAGAGUGAAGAGCGCCUCAGUCUGCAGAUUAAUCUGUCUGAGAGAGGUGACCGACCCACCGACCUGGACAAGCUCAAGCCUUACGUCAUUGAGCACAUCUUGGUGCUGCUGGUGACCCCUGCUGCUGGACGGGGUGCAGUGGGAGAACCAAAAAUAGGUGUUCAUAUUUUGAAUUCCGGAGGCAAGAAUCUCUGUGUAAAGGACAUGCAGGUGCUAUCAAAAGUGGAUGCAAGUCUGGAAUUUAAUCAAGUUCUUCUGAUACCAGAAGCAAAAAAUUUCACUCAAGUGGCUACCCUCUCCUGCAGAGGUUCAUUGCCAGGCCAUGGGAAGAGAUGCUUGAGUCACAUCAGUCUAAAGAUUCUGGGAAACCGCACAGCCAACACCUUCCCUGGACUGCCUGUCACACACAGAGGACCGGGGUGGGAUUUGUCCAGCCUGUUCCAGGUGAGACAGAGGCAAAGAGACACAGACCAGGUAGAGCUGUGGCUGACCAACCCCGCCCACCUGCCCCUCACAGUCACAAAUGCCAGCCUCUCUCAGAAGUUGCAGGGAGUGUUGAAGGUGAUGAACUUCAGCAGCCCGCUGACUUUGCCCCAGGGCUGCUGGCGUGUUUUGUCCCUGCAGCUGCUCAACAAAACGCUGCCUGUCAACCUGCUGUCCAGCCUCAGUCUGGAAACCAGCCUGGGACCCGCCCUGCAUGUCCCCCUUUAUUUCCACUCGACCCUUCCUAAGCAGGGGGAAGUGGUGUUUGUGGCAGAGCGAGAGUGUGGCCGACUCUGCCCACUCAGAUUGUCUGAAGCAGGCCGUGCCCAAUGGCAGCGUUCUCUCCUCCCAGACUUCUCCUCCUCCUCCUGGGCUGUAGACAGCAGACUGGCUGCUGAGCUCUGCUCUAGAUGGCAGAACCACAAAGACCAGCUGCCCUGCAGGUGGCCCAGACUCCCAGUGGAGGUUUCCUCUUCUCUAGACUUUGGUGCUACUCCCAUCAAUGAGAGCAAGGUUAAGACGCUAACGCUGAAGAACCCUUCUUCUUCUGUGGUGUCUGUAGAAAUUCGGCCUCUGUCCCUGUACCCGGCCCCACUGGAGGCACUGGACCUCUUAACUAAAUGGUUUAAUAUCAGCCCCCUCUCCGUUAACAUCAGCACUACAGAGUUCUCCCUCUUAGGUGCUCCCCUCAAGGCUGGUGAGAAUAUGGAGGGUGUGACCGGAGAGGGCAUCCUACGACUUCUGCUGCAGCCCUGGGAGACCAGAGAGGUUGCUGUGGUCUUCACCCCCUCUGAACACAAACCUACCACUACCAUUCUCAUUAUCAGAAAUAACCUCACAGUGUUCGACAUGGUGACCGUGCGCGGACACGGGGCCAAAGAGCUGCUCAGAGUUGGGGGCAAACUCCCCGGUCCAGGGGCCUCUCUGCGCUUCAAUGUCCCUCAGUCUACUCUCAUGGAGUGUCGCGAUGGCCUGCGCACCAACAAGCCGCUGUUCGCUAUCAGGAAGAGUUUCAAGGUGGAGAAUGCAGGGGAGCUCCCUCUGACUGUCAUGUCGAUGAAUAUCAACGGCUAUAAAUGCCAGGGCUUUGGCUUCGAGGUGCUGCAGUGUCGCUCCUUCAGUCUGGACCACAACUCCUCCACUGAGAUCACAAUUGCGUUCACCCCAGACUUUACCUCAUCCUGGGUGAUUCGUGACCUCACCCUGGUGACGUCUCGUGGCUCCUCUUUCCCUUUUACCCUGAAUGUGACGCUGCCCCACCACAUGUUGCCCCUCUGUGCCCAGGUGGUUCCUGGCCCCAGCUGGGAGGAGACUUUCUGGGUGGCUACCCUCAUCUUCACUUGCUUCUCUUUGUUUGGUGUCUGUCUGAUGGCCUUCCAUCAGGCUCAGUACAUCCUGAAUGAGUUCUCCACCCCCACCACCUCAAGCAACCACAACUCUGUCCUGUCCCGGGACAACGGCCCUGCCAAUAAUGUGACAUCCAAUGGAGUCAAUAAAACAAAGGGAAGCUGUAAGAGCUACGUGGAGACCUGUCACACCUCUGACAAAGGUAAAGGGCGUGGCUCUCCGGCCUUGGCCAACAGCCCUGCUCCUCGUCCUCAGUCUUCCAAGAAAGGCUGCUCAAGCACAACCUCCCAGGCACAGAAGAAGCACAGGGUUUCUCUCUAUUAUACCAAAUACAAGUCCAGCUCCUCCACAGCAGCAUCCGGUGCUAUGACAGUAGAGGAAGAGCGAGAGGACUUGAUACCCAACCCGCCCCUCACCCCAGACCCAGAAAUCUGCAACAACAAUAACAAUGAACCAGCUUUCAUCAGCCAGCUGGAUAAAAAGGCAACAGCACACUUUAAGGAAGACCCCCAGAGCACUAUGGAGGACAAGGUGCCAGCAGCAGUUAUGUUUCCCAUGGAAACGCCUGCUGGUUUCCCAGACAACGUCACUGUGGGUCCAGGACCCAGACCAGGCCUCUUAGUGUGCAGCCCUGCAGAGAAGCACUGUGCUGAUAGCUACACAGAGCAGAGGGACACGGAAAAAAGGGACAUUUCUGAGCCAGAGCCUAGAGAAGAUGGCAAAGCCCAGAAAAAGAAAGUUCAAUGCACAGACACUGGCACUGCAAUAGGAAACAAUAAGGGAAAGAGGAGUCGCAGGAAGACAACUGAAAGUCUCUCUUGUGCUCCUGAUGUGCUUGUGAUGUCAGAGAGGGAGAAAGACCCUGACUGGAGAAUGGGCGAACGUAACAUCAAUGGAACCCGCAUCAGGAACCGCUGCUCCAACGGCUCCAAAUCAGAAGCACCAAAGCCUGGACAGAACGCAGACAGUCCUCUCAAACAGAAUGGUGUGUGUGUGGCUCGGACUCGGCGCAAGUGCGCUGCGGAGCGUCGCAGUGGUGGAGUGUGUGAGUCUGGCUCCGACUCCGGCAGCUCGUCAGGCAGCGUGAGGGCCAGUCGAGGGAGCUGGGGCAGCUGGAGCAGUGCCAGCAGCAUGGAGGGAGAUAAGGACCCCAGUGCCCGCACACACCUCUGCACUACCUCAUCCAGAAAAAGGGACUCUGUGCAGUACGGCAUCUACCCAACAGAGAGAGAAUGCUACCAAACCAUGAAUACAAACUACAAGGCUCAGAGCAUGAACAGCUUAUACCGCAAAGAUAUGUGCCAAAGCCCAGACCCCCCAGUGACCAGCUUUGCCCCCAGCUUUGCUGCUGUCGCUGCUGGAGUGGACAGGAACCCAGACUUGGCAGGUCAGUACUUGCCUGAAGAGACGUGGUCGGCGCCCUCUAUCCCCCUCACCAAUGAGUUCAGAUACAACGCCACUGAAGCGCUGCCCUACAUACCUCAACCAGCGACCCCUGGGCCUUACAAUGGGUUUCCCUGGAAUAGUGCCAACAGCCAGUGCAACAGUCCCUACACCUACUGUGAACAGGGGAACUACAUGCCAGGUAAUGACAAUUUCCAGAGUGGUUUUCCGUGUCAGGACAGCCAGAAUGCCUACAGCCACCAGACCAGCUGGAGUGAGGAUCACCCUCAGGAAGCACCCUCAGCCUGGGACACAGCAGCCUGUGUGGGCAGCAAGCCAUACUUCCCCGGCACCCGCAGCCUCUCCCCCAUGUCCAGCCUGUUCGGUUCCAUCUGGACGCCCCAGAGUGAGCCCUACCAGAGCCACUUCCAAACCGAUCGAUCAGCCCCGAUGUCCCCCGUGUCCCCGGUCACCCCUCCUCACGCUCCCUUCAGCCGGGAGCCCGGGGGCACCUGCCGGCCAAUCCAGUAUUCGAGCUUCAACCCGUUCGGCCCGCACAUGAACCUGGACAUAUGGAACUCCUCCUCCAACCGCAGCUCCAACUCACAGCUCUCUAACGACUCCGGCUACUGCGGAGAUGUUUAAAAGCAACAGACCCUUACAAAAUCAUUGCAAACAUAUAAAAAUAUUGCUAUAUGAAAGAAAGGAAACAAAACGAAUGUGCUUUUAUCACUAAUGGGGAAAAUGUGAAUAUUCCUUUUCUUUUAUGUUACCUUUUUUCAAACGUUCAAUGUUGUGAAAGGUUAUGCAUCUGUUGUAUAUUUUUCUAGAUGUUUUGCAGUUUUGAUCAUAGAAAAAUAAAAAAAAGGUUUUGUACUUGAA